GAAUUCGGAAGAGGCGAUCACGAAAAUGUAUACCGCCUUACGAAAGUUUUCUCGUCAUAUGCAUAUUACAAGACAAGUUCGACCCUUCGGAAUCGGCGAUGGCGAGGAUCGUUGCAGCAGAAUGACUGGUUAUGCAAUGCUUACGAACAAGCGAAGACUCGAGCUCGACACCUCGUCGGAUUGAGAUUUCUAUUUCCGCAACAAUGGCCGUCAGAGGUUUGACACCGUGUUGAAAACUUGACAUCGCGUCCAUACCCCCUCGCUUUCUACAAUCAGAAACGGUCUCCAAAUCGAUGAUUACGAUGACGGCAUCACCUGCAGUCAAAAGUUAUAUAAUUGCAAGCGUUCUCACGUCUCUUACAUAAGUGAACGACCAGGAGGGCCUUGAACUUCGCCUAAAGACUGCCACUUUGAGGAUAGGAUCUCGAUCUUGUCCAGGGUUUUGGUGCAGGGUUUUCGAUCGGGGUUAAACCGACUCUUCAGAGGGAGAAGUCGUAGCCGAAAUACACUUUCCCGGGUUAUGUAAAGCCUAGACUCGCCGUAGACGGCGGUAUAAAGGUCGGCUCUGCCCCCAUCGAGCGAAGAGUUGCUCGCGAACUUCACUCCAGCAACCAUCGAAGUGAUCCCCAUAUGUGAACCGGCUCUCUUAUUGCGCUCACUGCACUUUCUUCGAAUCGCCACGUGGAAGGAACGCUUAACCAGCAUGCGCACUUUGGUGUUCUCCCUUUUGGUGUGCUUGGCACGAGGCCAGGAGUAUUUCCAGGAGCCGGAAAAACUCGUCAGCGAAUCCAGAGAUGUUGGGGAUGCUAGAGGCCAUUAUUCCUUCACGUAUGAGACCGAAGGCGGAAUUCUGCAGAAGGAAAUCGGCAGCCGGAAGUACGCCGGAACGCCGGAUGAGACCCAGCUGAUCCAGGGAUCGGUGCAGUAUAAUGCACCCGAUGGAACCCCGAUUGCAUUGAGCUGGACCGCCGACGAAUUUGGCACUCAAGUUUUUGGCUCUCACAUCCCAACUCCACCACCAAUUCCACCUGCCAUCCAAAGAGCUCUGGAUUGGCUCGCGAAACAACCCUCGACAACCGAACAUCCAUCGACGACGACGAAAGCUCCGGUCAGACAGAAUUUCCAGGGACAGCAGACCAGGUUCCAACAAAAUGGAUUCCAGCAGAACAGAUUUCCGCAGAAUGGCAGAAACUGAAGAGAAAAUCGACCCUUUGAGUCCCCCCCUUUUUUUUUUGCAAAGCAAGGCUUCCGAUAAGCUUUGGCUUCGAGGAUAGAUAGGGAUACGAUUAGGGCGAAUCAUGCGUAUUUUUAUGCAGUCCUUUGCCGAACCAAAGUUUGGGCGAUUCUGCACCGAGGGAGAAAGUAAAGCUUAAAGUAUUCCUCUUUCUUCAACGUUCAAGCUCUUUCUCAUUGUUUAAGUUCUUCCAAUAUUUUCACCCCUGAAAGUUUAGGUUAGCGAUUAUUGUAUUUGCAUGUUAUUUAUGAGUUCUAAGUUAUACAUCUCUCUUUCUUUCUCGGUGGGAGGUAGUGGAGGAUUAUGUGUUCAGUUCUGGAGAAAGUCCGAAUGGAGACUUUUGGAAAUUUUAUUAACACUUAAUUUUAUCGAGUAGAUUUUAUUUGUACUCGUCGAUGCGAAGUAUGUAACUGUAGAAGUAACUUUUAUUUUACACGAGAGAUGUUUAAGAGAUUUACGUGGUGUCGAGUUUUGUACGGUUUAUUGUGUUAUAUUAAAACCUGUUAACGUGUAUGUGACGUUUUUUUACAUGCUUUGGUGUAAAAUGGGCAUGCAGUAAUUAGACCGUUUACGUAGAAAUACAGGCGAGAUAUUUGCAUGUGGAAUAAACUCGAUAAUAUAUACCGAAUUAUAAUUUUUCAAUCGAGGUGUGUUCUU